AUGGGCCGUGUUCAGCCCUCCCCAUGCUUCCAGUGCCGAUUUCGUAAGGUUCGCUGUGAUCGCCGACCAGGUAGAUGCACCAACUGUGAGCGCUUGGACUUCUCAUGCUCAUUCCAGCGAGACCAGGCAGGCCCUACGACCUACCUGCCUGAUUUGAGAGAGACCGUUGCUGAUCGGCCCGAGCGUCGGAGGGGCAGCCAAGCGUGCAUAGAAUGCCGCCGACAAAAGGCACGCUGCUCAGGAGAGUUUCCUGAGUUGGUCUCGCCAAUCGCUCAUGAUGAGAUGUUACGGCACAUUGACGACUUCUUCACCUACCUAUAUCCAAUCCCUUGCUACGCAUUUCUUCACGAACCCUCGAUCCGCCAGCGAUGCGUAAACGGCACACUCGACACAAAUUUAGCUCUCUCCAUUGCCGCAGUAUCAGCCCUUUGUCUUUCAAGAUCACCUUCUCAGUCUCCAGCAAGCACCACCAAGAUCACCGAGGUAGAGACAUUCCUCUGGCAAAACCUCGAAGCCCCAAAUAUCACCCAACUUCAAACCCUCCUCCUGGUUGUACAUUACCAUAUCCAAGCAAGCCACUUCUCACGCGCCUAUAUGCUUGCAGGACUAGCUGCGCGCUCCGCCACAGCCCUCCGUUUAAACUACGAGCGCCCAGAGCUCGGAUUUAUUGCACAAGAAACGCGACGGCGCGUGUUGUGGGCUCUCAGUUUCAUAGACGGUUACUUUUCCGUCGGACUCCCGGAGUACGAGACAAUCCCCCACACAAUAGUCUACCAGCGGCUGCCAUGCUCCGAAGAUGCAUUCCGAAACGGAGGCCCAGCGGAUACAGAUACAAGCGCAGGGUAUCUGCCCUCGCUUGACGCAGACAACUCCUCCACGGAGGGCUGCAGCUUGUUAGGCGCAUGCACCCGGAUCUCCAAGAUAUCUAAAGACAUAAUGCGCCUCACGCGCCAACUGGCACUCGCUGAACAACCCCUCGCCCAACUAAGCGGCCUCGUCCAGGAAAUCCAGCACGAUCUGUGGCGGGUGCAGGCCGAUGUGGUGCAUACAUUUGCCUACAAUGUCGCCUCAUCGGCGCGAGUGACCGCGAAAUCGACUUCGCGCUGGUUCGUGCGGUUCCUCCAGGUCUCGAUGACCUGGCACCAGGCGCACUGCGACCUGUAUCGCCUAUUUCUACCCGAGUACCCUGAAGCGGCGCCGAGGGUUAUUAUGGAGACGAUUGCGCCACGCCUGCGCCUGCAUGCGCUUGAUGCGUGCGUUGAGCAUGUCGCGCACAUUCAUCAGGUCCUGCGGGCCCUUCAGGAUCUAUCGUUUGAGCCAGUAUUGCCGUCCCAAAUUGCUGUAUGCGCAUACCAUGCCACGAGACUGACACUCUUUCUACCUCUGUCGCCGGAUUUUGGAGAGCAGUUAAAUCUGGACAUGGAUGGUGCAAUUGAAUGCGCUAGGACUGCAUUAGAAUUUUUAGAGAGAUUCUAUCUGAGUUCGGCGCCUGUGCAAAUGAUUAUAAAUGAUAUGCGGCAGCUGGUUAAGUUGUCGCGGGGGGAGCCGGCGGUGAUAUAUCGGGAAUUGUGUGGCUCUGAGCAAGUAUUUGACCAAGGAAGACAUCGGCAUAGUCAUCUUGCAAUCCAUAGUCUGGUAAGACAGGCUAACUUUGUAGAUGACGGGUAUGAAUGA